AUGGAAGAUCUUGACGAAAUUCAAAAGCUCGAAUACCUUUCAAUGGUAUCAAAAAUUACCAGUGAAAUAUUUAAUCAUACUGCUGAAUUUAUAAUUAAUUUACACGAACAAAAUCAAAUUCUACCAAAAUUUCAAAAGGCUUUGAAAGAUGCAGAUGCAGAUUUCCAAGAAUCUUUUAUUACCACUCUGGAUCGUUUGAUCCGAAAAAUGAAUCCAAAAUAUAAAUCUAAGGAAAAAGAAAAGGGAAAAGUAUUAAAUGAUAAUAAAAAAAUGGUUACAAAUGAAUCAAAAAAAACCCCCCCUAUAAUUGAUAAAAUAACGACAGCCGAUGAUCAUGAUAAAAUAAUACAUGAUGAAAAAAGAAAAAAAAGUUACGACAGAGAAAAAAAUGAUGAUCAUAAAAGAAGAAGUUAUGACAGAGAAAAAAAUGGUGACUAUAAAAGAAGUUAUGAUAGAGAAAAAAAUAGUGACUACAAAAGGAAUUAUGACGGAGGAAAAAAUAGCAAUAAAUCAUAUGUCAAAGAAUUAGACGAAAAACCGGUACUUUAUAAAAUAUAUAAUGGUAAAGUGACAAAUAUCAAAGAUUUUGGCGCUUUUAUAGGGUUGGAGGGUGUUAAAGGAAGAGUUGAAGGCAUGGUUCAUGUGUCUAUGCUAGUAGCAGGUAGAAGGGUUUCUCAUCCCACCGAAGUUGUAUCACGAAACCAACAAGUGAAAGUGAAAGUGAUGUCUGUGGCUGCUUCAAGAAUUAGUUUGUCCAUGAAAGAUGUGGACCAAAUUACUGGUCAAGAUUUGACUCCACAUUUACGUAUAAAAACCGAAGAGGAACUUGCCGAAGAGUCUUUACAUAACGCUGAAUCUUUUUCAUUUGGAAAAGUUCCUAUUGUUGAUGAUAAUGAGGGAUCAAGCAAAUUGAAGCGUCUUACAUCUCCUGAACUUUGGGAAUUAAAGCAACUUAUUUCAUCUGGUGUCCUGAAUGCAUCAGAAUUACCAAAUUAUGAUGAAGAAAAUGAAGGUAUCUUUGAGAAUAUGGAAACUGAAGAAGAACUUGAUAUUGAAAUUCGAGAAGAAGAGCCACCAUUCUUAAGAGGUCAAGCUAAAAAUUUGUUGCAACUAAGUCCUAUAAAGGUUGUUAAGGCACCUGAUGGUACAUUAAAUCGUGCCGCUCUUGCAGGUACAAGUCUUGCUAAAGAGCGUAAAGAAUUACGUCAACAACAAACAAAUGCAGAAUUGGAUUCGGUUCCAAAAGACAUCAAUCUUCCUUGGUUAGACCCUAUGCCUGAACCAGGUGAACGUCAUUUUGCACAAGAUUUAAGAGGUAUUGCAGCUGGUAGAAAAGCUGGCGAAGUUCCAGAGUGGAAAAAAGAAACAUUUAAUAAGGCUACAAGUUUUGGCAAGGUAACAUCUUUGAGUAUUCAGGAGCAAAGGAAAAGUUUGCCAAUAUAUCAAAUGCGUUCGUUGUUAAUCAAAGCAAUAAGAGAAAAUCAACAAUUGAUUAUUGUAGGUGAUACAGGGUCAGGAAAAACUACACAAAUGACCCAAUACCUCGCAGAAGAGGGUUUCGCUGAAACUGGUAAAAUUGGAUGUACUCAACCUCGUCGUGUUGCUGCAAUGUCUGUUGCAAAACGUGUGGCUGAAGAAGUUGGUUGUCGUUUAGGUGAGGAGGUUGGAUAUACCAUUCGUUUUGAAGAUUGUACAAGUCCCACUACCAAAAUAAAAUAUAUGACGGAUGGUAUGCUGUUGAGAGAAUGUUUGUUAGAUCCUGAAUUAAGACAAUAUUCAGUUAUUAUUCUUGAUGAAGCUCACGAAAGAACCAUACAUACUGAUGUAUUAUUUGGUCUUUUAAAAACGACUUUGAAAACAAGGCCAGAGCUUAGGGUAAUAGUAACAUCAGCCACUCUUAACGCAGAAAAGUUUUCGAAAUAUUUCUAUGAUUGUCCCAUUUUCAGUAUUCCUGGUCGUAUGUUUCCCGUUGAAAUACUUUAUACAAAAGAACCUGAAUCAGAUUAUUUGGAUGCUUCUUUGAUUACAGUGAUGCAAAUACAUCUUUCUGAACCACCAGGUGAUAUUCUGCUUUUUUUGACUGGUCAGGAAGAAAUCGAUACAGCUUGCGAAAUAUUAUAUGAACGUAUGAAAGAACUUGGACCACAAGUCCCUGAUUUAGUUAUUUUGCCAGUAUAUUCUGCUUUACCGAGUGAAAUGCAAUCACGUAUUUUUGAACCUGCACCACCUGGCAGUAGAAAAGUUGUAAUUGCUACUAAUAUUGCAGAGACUUCACUGACAAUUGAUGGUAUAUACUAUGUUAUUGAUCCUGGUUUUGUAAAACAAAAUGCAUAUGAUCCAAAGAUAGGAAUGGAUUCUUUAGUUGUAACACCUAUAUCACAAGCUCAAGCACGUCAACGUUCUGGCCGUGCAGGGCGUACAGGGCCUGGAAAAUGCUAUCGUCUUUACACUGAAGCUGCAUAUCGUAAUGAAAUGCUUCCAAAUCCAAUACCUGAGAUUCAGCGCACUAACCUUGCAAAUACAGUAUUGACACUGAAGGCUAUGGGUAUCAAUGAUUUAAUAAAUUUUGAUUUUAUGGAUCCACCACCCUCUCAAACACUUUUCACAGCAUUAGAACAAUUAUAUGCACUUUCUGCACUGGAUGAUGAGGGACUUUUGACAAGAUUAGGACGUAAAAUGGCAGAGUUUCCAUUGGAGCCGCCACUUUCUAAAAUGUUGAUUUUAUCUGUUGAUUUAGGAUGCUCAGAAGAAGUCCUUACUAUUGUUGCAAUGCUUUCCGUACAAAAUGUUUUUUAUAGGCCAAAAGAUAAACAAGCACUCGCUGAUCAGAAAAAAGCAAAAUUCCAUCAACCCGAGGGCGAUCACCUUACAUUACUUACUGUUUAUAAUGCAUGGAAAGCAAAUAAAUUUUCCAAUCCAUGGUGUUUUGAGAAUUUUAUUCAAGGGCGUAGUAUGAAGAGGUGUCAAGAUAUUCGUAAACAAUUAUUAGGUAUCAUGGAUCGGUAUAAACAAGACAUUAUUUCGUGUGGUAAAAAUUAUAAUAAAGUUCGUAGAGCGAUCUGUGGCGGAUUUUUUAGGCAUGCAGCUAAAAAAGAUCCACAAGAGGGUUACAAGACUUUAGUAGAGGGCACUCCAGUAUAUAUCCAUCCUUCAAGUUCAUUAUUUAAUAAAGGACCAGAAUGGGUAAUUUAUCAUGAACUUGUAUUUACAACUAAAGAAUACAUGAGAGAAGUUACAGCAAUUGAACCAAAAUGGCUUACUGAAGCUGCACCAACUUUCUUUAAAGUGGCUGAUGCUAAUACUAUUAGUAAGAGAAAGAGAAGUGAAAAGAUUCAACCAUUAUAUAAUAAAUUCGAAAAACCAAAUGAAUGGCGUUUAAGUCGUGUAAAAAGACAUCAAAGGGUUUCACAAACCUUUGGUUAA